AUGUUGCUUUCGACUUUCAUUCUUUCUUUCCUUUAUAGCGGUGCAUCCGCAGCAGCGACAGGUAUCGUUCUUGAGAAGCACGUCAGUGCACUGUCACUGUCUGCUUCUUUCAAUCCUAUCAAGGAAUCCUACUGGACUGGAUAUCCACACCAUCGCCGAACGCCUUUUGCACUUUCGCCGGACGGAAAGUCGGCGUACCUCGCAUACCUCGAUGCGAGUGAGACGGACGUCCAUGUCCAGCAAGUUGAUCCCGCUUCAUUCGCCGCUGUUGGAACGCCGACAACUAUCACUGGAGCGAAAGAAGCGGGAGGACUCGUGGCACAUAACGAUGGCUUCGCUCUUUUGACAAAUGAGGCUUUACCUUCUGGGACCUCGAAUGCACCUGCUGGAAGCACGCCAGUCGCUGUGCUCUAUCGCUACACCUCCGGGAAGCAAACCUUCAAGACGUUCCUCGGUGGUCCAGGCGUGAAUGAGGAUUUUGGACUUGAAGCAUCCCCGGAUCUCAAUGGGGAUCUCGCUUUCUCAGAAGCAGCUGGCAUGUAUGGCGCCUACUUUGUCGUCACCGCAUACACUGGCUCCGCAUCAGGCCACUUUGGCGACAGCAUCCAGUAUGUGACCGAAAAUGGAACGCUUGAGACAAUUUCGGGUGCCAGUUCCAGCUGGGGAUGCUCCCACAACACUGGUAUUGCGUUUGAAGCUGCAGAUUCGGUCCCAUUUGCGAGCAUGUGUGCUGAAGACCAAGGCGCCAUCUGGCUGAACACCAAGACGCAAUCUAUGAAUGGCGUGAAAGUUUCGAACGAAAACACCACGAACGGCGGAAGCGGUGAGCCAUUCGGCGGCAUGAGUGGUUCCUUCAGCGGACUCUCCCGGUUCGUUGGUAAAGACUCAUACAUCUCCGCUUGGGUUAGUCGCGGCGCGAAAGACCUCACGACAAACGACUGGCUGGGUGCAGGCUUUACCCACGCCCUCAACCGAACGAACAACCGCAACGUUGCAAUUGCCCAAUUUUCAGACAAAAACACCCUGGUGGGAGAACAGGCCUCAUCGCAAGUCGGAGCCACGAGCGGCGAUUCUCAGAUCAAUUGGAUCACGGCGGGGACGGCUGACUGCUCCAAUGCGCACGUCGCUGCGUUCGAUGGGGAGAAUGCCCUUGUUACUUGGGAAGAAAUCGCCCAGCCGCAGUGCGAUUUCAUUGCUAUGGGAUGCAAAGGCGCGUUUACGGGGUCAAACUUCCAACUCGUGAAUGCUGGAAAGAAGGUCGGAGAUGCGGUGAAAGCGACGGAUGUGUUUGUAGCAGGUGAUAUGGCCACUAUGAGCGACGGGAGGAUCUGCUGGCCAUAUGUGGAUAUGGAUUGGAAACUUGAUGGACCGAUUGCGAACCCAGCGAGCGUCAAGGAGAUGAGCUUUGCUUGUAUGAGUCUGGCGGGAGCG